AAUAACAACAAUAACGAAAAAGAUGAAUUUAAAACCAUUAAAGACGAAUUAGAUACUUUAAGAUCAAAAAGAAAGAUCAAUGAAGGUAUUGGUUUUCUAGAAAAUUCAAAACCAACUAUUUUUACUGGUAUGGUAUUUGGUGCAUCUGCAUUAUAUUUCAGCUUAAAAGGAAAAAACCAAUUAGCAAAAUAUUCAAUUGCUUCAGCAGCAAUUUUUUUGGCAUCAGGAGAAAUUAUAGACCAUGGUUAUCCAACACAAGGUGCAGCAUUAGCAGGUGUUACAUCUGCAUUUUUAGCUGGUAAAUUUUUUGCUGGAGCAUUUAAACAUAAAAAAAUAGGAGCAUUAUUAUUAGGUUCAGUUUCAUUAAUUUCAAUGGGAUAUCAUUCAUUUUUUGUAACAUAUAAUCAAGGAAAAGAUAAAAUAGAAGAGGAUAUUCAAACUCACAAUCAACUUGUUAAA